GUUGGUAAACAGAUCUGGAACGCGUGCCUGCCGCCAGCACUGCUGAGGGCGCGCAGGGGCGGCGCGAAGGUGACCGUGCAUUUCAGAGUCUUGCAGCGGGCCCUGAAGGAUGGCUGCCAUGCUGGGGGACGCCAUCAUGGUGAUCAGAGGCCUUUCCAAGCUGACCCAGGCGGCCCUGGAAACCCACCUGCAGCACUUGGGCCUCGGCGGGGAGCUUGUCAUGGCAGCCAGGGCCCUGCAGUCCACAGCCACCGAGCAGUUUGGCGUGGUCUUUGGGAAGGUGCAGGGUCAGGAGAGACAUGAAGAGCCGUAUGCUGAGAGCUUCGAUGACCUGGAGGCAGAGUUCCACUUUUUGGGCCCACAGGCUGAAGGAGACUCUGCAGGUCUCUCUGCUGACCAGCCCUCCCCAUCGCCCCAGGAUCACACCUGUAAGGAGGGCCCAGCUCCUGCCUAUGUGACCAGUGGACCCUUCAGCAGCGCUGGCUUUCCAGGCCAGGCCGCCUCCCACCUGGGCCGAGUGAAUGGGAAGCUCUUUGCAGACCACCAGGACCCAUUCUCUGCCAUAAGCGUCCAGCGAAGAUUCUUCCACCAGGACCAGGCCCCUGUGGGAGGCCUCACGGCGGAGGACAUCGAAAAGGCCCGGCAGGCCAAGGCGCGCCCUGAGAGCAAGCCCCACAAGCAGAUGCUCAGUGAGCGAGCUCGGGAGCGCAAGGUGCCAGUUACUCGGAUUGGCCGGCUGGCCAAUUUCGGAGGUCUGGCCGUGGGUCUGGGCUUUGGGGCACUGGCUGAAGUCGCCAAGAAGAGCCUCCGUGCUGACGAUCCCGCAGGGAAGAAGGCCGUGCUGGACUCCAGCCCCUUCCUGUCGGAGGCCAACGCCGAGCGCAUCGUGAGCACGCUGUGCAAGGUUCGGGGGGCCGCCCUCAAGCUGGGCCAGAUGCUGAGCAUCCAGGACGAUGCGUUCAUCAACCCGCACCUGGCCAAGAUCUUUGAGCGCGUGAGGCAGAGCGCCGACUUCAUGCCACUGAAACAAAUGAUGAAAACCCUUAACACUGACCUGGGUCCCCACUGGCGGGACAAGCUGGAGUACUUCGAGGAGCGGCCCUUUGCGGCUGCCUCCAUUGGGCAGGUGCAUCUGGCCCGCAUGAAGGGUGGCCAGGAGGUGGCCAUGAAGAUCCAGUACCCUGGCGUGGCCCAGAGCAUCAACAGUGACGUCAACAACCUCAUGGCCGUGCUGAACAUGAGCAACAUGCUUCCAGAAGGCCUGUUCCCAGAACACCUGAUUGACGUGCUGAGGCGGGAGCUGGCCCUGGAAUGUGACUACCAAAGAGAGGCUGCCUGUGCCCGGAAGUUCAGAGAGCUGCUGAAGGAUGACCCCUUCUUCUACGUUCCUGAGAUCGUGGACGAGCUCUGCAGUCCCCACGUGCUGACCACCGAGCUGGUGUCUGGCUUCCCUCUGGACCAAGCUGAGGGGCUGAGCCAGGAGAUUCGCAACGAGAUCUGCCACAACAUCUUGGUUCUGUGCCUCCGGGAGCUGUUUGAGUUCCACUUCAUGCAGACCGACCCCAACUGGUCCAACUUCUUCUAUGACCCUCAGCUGCACAAGGUGGCCCUUCUGGACUUUGGGGCAACUCGGGAAUAUGACAGGAACUUUACAGACCUCUACAUUCAGAUCAUCCGGGCUGCAGCCAACAGGGACCGGGAGGCCGUGCUGAAGAAGUCCAUAGAGAUGAAGUUCCUCACCGGCUAUGAGGUCAAGGCCAUGGAAGAUGCCCACUUGGAUGCCAUCCUCAUCCUGGGGGAGGCUUUUGCCUCUGAGGAGCCCUUUGACUUUGGCACCCAGAGCACCACUGAGAAGAUCCACAGCCUGAUCCCCAUCAUGCUGAAGCACCGGCUAAUCCCCCCACCCGAGGAGACCUACUCGCUGCACAGGAAGAUGGGGGGCUCGUUCCUCAUCUGCUCCAAGCUCAAGGCCUGCUUCCCCUGCAAAGCCAUGUUUGAGGAGGCCUACAGCAACUACUGUCAGAGCCGGGCCGAGCGGCAGUAGCCCAUGGGCCCCCAGCGGCCCCGGCCCCGGCCC